AUGGCUUCAAGAUCUGUGGAAACUGAACCAUCAACUCAAGCUGAAGACGAUUACAAUGCCAUGCUUUCAACCACCGAUGUUGAACUUCUCAAACGCGCUUGGCGUAACGAGAAGGCAGCCCCGGAGAUUCUUCCUUUUCAAUCCGAUUUGAUUGCCCGUGUCAGAGAACAAAUUGAGUUGAUGGAAGAAACUGUGGAGGAGAAAUCUACUCUUGGGACUGACCCUCUUUCGGUGUCGCUGUAUCAAAUGGAUUUGGAUAGAACCCUCUUUCUGUUGAGGUCCUAUCUUCGUAUCCGUAUCUUGAAGAUUGAAAAGUACAUGUUCCACAUCCAAAAAACUGAUGAACUUUGGAACAGGCUUUCUAAAGAUGAGAAAUUUUUCACGGAAAGGUGCUCAGAUGACUUAAAGAAACAUCUGGAGGAGAGUGUUCUAUCAAAACUGCCUGAAAAUUAUCAGUCUCGUGAGAGGCAAUCCAUAAUUAGCGAAGAGGAUGACAUGAGACUCGAUAUAUUCAAAUUUGAUUUGCCUGAACUGAAAUCAAUCUGCAAUAGGGUUCCAGAACCACGACUAGACACAUUUGUGUUGUGUAGAAGUAAAGAUUAUCUCACAGGCAUUCAGCUCGGAGACGGACCUGUUGAUGACAGGUCAAAGCUGUUUGAAAUGGAGGCGGGUGUCCUUUACUUUAUAUGUUACAAAUCGAUAAAGCCGCUUGUAGAGAGUGGCAAAAUUGAACUGUUAUAA